AUUCUCAAGAUGUCAAUGACCGCAUUGGGUGUCAGCACCGCCUUUAUGGUCGGUUGCUGUAUUGCAGCACAAAUUGCCCGCCGUUUGGCCGCCAAGUUUUUCAAAGACCAGGGCAUUGUACCGGUUUUGGUAAAUGAAGCCAUCGCAUCGGCAGAAUUGUGUGCCUGCUGUUUCGAGCUGAUAAUUGUUGCCGAUAACUUUGGUGUGGCGGCCUAUGCUGUAUUCCUCUUUCUCUUGACGGUAUGGUGGGGCAAGGUGUGGGGCGAUGCCUCCGCUUGCCCCUAUACCCACAUGGAGGAUAUGUUGGAGGGUAAGACAUCUUUGAAAGAUGUUGCACUACGCACCUGGGCUGAGUUGAUGGGCGGUUGUUGUGUUUAUCGCAUUGUCCAGGUGUUUUGGUGGUUCGAAUUUGCGGAAACCCAUGAGGGUAGGGCAUUUGAGGAAUGCAAUGCUGAUUUACAGGUGAAUCCUUACUUGGGUGCUGCCAUUGAAGGCCUGGCCACCUUGUUAUGCCGCCUGGCGUCCAAAACCUUGAGCGAAAAGGGUCCCAAAUUCUGCAGCAUCAUUGAUUCGUUUAUCGGCACCAGCCUGGUGGUGGCAGCUUUCAACUUCUCCGGCGGUUACUUCAAUCCGGUCCUGGCCACCGCUCUGAAAUGGGGUUGCCGUGGCCACACCAACUUGGAACACAUUAUUGUCUAUUGGAUUGGUGCGUGUGUGGGUGCCAUAUUAUCGGUGCCACUAUUCCGAAUGCAAGCUGUCCGUAAGGUCUUGCUGGGUGCUGACGAAGUGGCGGACAAGAAAAAGGAGGAAUAG